UUAUCAUUAAAUGAAGGAGAGAAGGAAAGAAUUGGAGGUUGAAAUCAAGAGUUUCAUCAAGGUAUAUAUCAUAGUCAUCAUCACAGCUAAGUCGUUGCUAGAGAGAGAGAGGCAAAAAGAGAAAUGGAUGCUGAAAUCAAGAACUUCAUAAAGGUAUGGAUCACAGCCAUCACAUCUCUUUGUUAUUGUUACUACAUAGUUGCAAGGAUCCCAAGAGGAAUGAUGAGGCUCCUCUUCCUCCUCCCCAUCUUUUACCUCUUCACCAUGCUCCCUUGUAACCUCAACUCUGCCCAUCUUGGUGGCUCCACUGCCUUCUUCCUUGGUUGGCUUGGUAACUUCAAGCUCCUCCUCUUUGCUUUUGACCAAGGCCCUUUAUCACCACCCCUACCAAAACUUCUUCAUUUCAUAUCCAUUGCCUGCCUUCCCAUUAAACUCAAACAAGACCCACCUCCAAACACCAAAAACAAUAAAAACCCAUCUCACCAAAACACCCCAAAAUCCCAUAAUCUUACAAAAGUGACUAGAUCUCUGUUGUUGGUUAUAAAAGCCUUGUUUCUUGCCAUGAUAAUACAGGCAUAUGAAUAUAGGGCAAAUUUACAUCCAUAUGUUAUUUUAUCUCUCUAUUGUUGCCACACCUACCUUGCUGUGGAAAUUGUCCUAGCCUUAGCUGCUGCCCCAGUUCAAGCCUUUUUUGGGUUUGAGAUUGAGCUACAAUUCAAUGAGCCCUAUCUUGCUACCUCACUACAAGACUUUUGGGGCCAUAGGUGGAACCUUAUGGUUUCAAGUAUUCUACGACCUACCGUUUACAUUCCCAUCCGUCGUAUUGCUGCUAAUGUAAUUGGGUCACGUUGGGCUGCUCUACCAGCCAUAAUUUCGACCUUCAUAGUGUCUGGCCUAGCUCAUGAAGUAAUAUACUUUUACUUCACACGUGUGCAUCCCACGUGGGAGGUAACAUGGUUCUUUGUCCUACAUGGCGUGUGUACAGCUAUUGAGAUUGUGGUGAAGAAGGCAGCGACCAACAAGUGGCAGUUACAUCGGGCGAUUUCGGGACCGUUGACGGUUGGGUUUGUGGCGGUAACCGGUUUUUGGUUGUUCUUUCCACAAUUAAUAAGAAAUGGUGUGGUUGAGAAGGCAAUAAAAGAGUACUCAAUUUUUUGCUAAUUUUGUCAAAGUCAACACUGUAUGGAAAUGUUGUUUUAGAAAUGUUAUUUGUAUUUUUUGAAAAUACGUGUAAGUAAA